AUGGAUUUCACUAAGAAAAUAUUGUUAGUAUUUGCUUUCAUCAUUAUGUUAGGUAUCUAUUCUGUUCAUUGCCGUCCAAGUUUCAAACCCAUACCUUUGUUUGAAGAAAAAUUGACUCAGUGUUUCGACACAAGACCAUGUCUGCAAGGGAUGUUGAAAUGCAUUGAAUUCUGUAGCUCAAUGGGGACUGCGGAUGGACAAUGUAAUAAUGAAAACCUUUGUUGCUGCACACAUGAAUGACAUUUUAGCUUUUUAUUCAAAAAUAUUAUUUAUUCAGAUAAAAAACAAAUUUUACCCCAAAUUAAAUAAAUAUAGCUUUGUUUGCUUAACGAUUGGAUGAAUGCA